AAGGUCAGCACAUUCCUACAAACAUUUUUAUUCAACAUGAAUCAGCUGUUACACGUUUAAAUCUUAGUAGAACAAUAAGGGAUCAGAUUAUAUUGAGUCGACGUGCAGAUGGACAUACAGCUAAAGAAAUUAAACUCAAACUUUUAGCUCCAUUUAAUGGUGCAUCAAAAGAACAAUUAGAACAACAAGAAAAAUAUGGAACUAAUAUAUGUAAUGAACAAAAACUCCAGCAGUUGUUAGAACGAAAUAAUCGAUACACUC